AUGACUGUGUUUUGGGACUUCGAUGGUCUGAUUCAUAUGGAAUUUUUGGAACAGGGUUCCACUAUCAAUUCGGAACGAUAUAUUGAGACCCUGAGAAAACUUAGAGCACGGCUGUCACGAGUUCGGCCCGGAAAAAAUGCAAUUUUGCACCACGACCGUCCACACACGAGUCGACACACUCAAGAUGCCACGAAAAGUCUCAGACUUCAAGAGACCUUACAGCACCCACCAUACAGUCCAGACCUUGCUCCAUCUGACUUUUAUCUUUAUCCUAAGUUGAAGGAGUACCUUAAAGGAAAACGUUAUGCAGAUGACGAUGAAGUUCAAGAAGAUGUGCGUCGCGGGUUCAGAGGAAAAUCACAUGAAUUUUUCGCCGACGGCAUGCGACAAUUUAUUCGACGUUGGCUGAUCUGCAUCAACAAAGAAGACGACUAUGUUGAAAAGUACAGCUACUGUCAUGUAGCAGACAUUCUAAGCUUUCAUUUGGUGUAA